AACCGAAGAUGACGUUUACAAACCAGACAUCACAAUUUCGAUCAAAGACAAAAAGGUUCCUGGUGGAGUAUUCUGGAAUAGACAAGAAAAAAGGCAAUGGGCCUUGGCCUUAUUUGCUGGGACAUCCAUGUUAUACGCAUCUCGUACAAUCAUGCCAAUGGCGGUAGUUGCAGUUUCAGAGGAGAUGUCUUGGGACAAGACAGAAGCAGGCACUGUCUUGUCGGCCUUUUUCUGGGGGUACACCAUGACACAGUUUCUGGGUGGGUACCUGAGUGACCGCAUUGGUGGGGACAUUGUCCUACCCAUAGCAGCAUGUCUGUGGUCACUCAUCACAUUCUGGACGCCACAAGUUGCAUACCUGUCAACAGACAAACACAUGUCUCUCUACAUCGUUGUGUUGUCCAGAGUCCUGUUAGGAGUUUGCCAAGGUGUACACAUGCCAGCUACCACCAGUAUGACCUGUCAGUACGUGGCCAAGUCUGAGCGGUCCGGAUACCUCUCUCUCGUGGUCGCUGGUACAUACGGGGGCACUCUUUUGACAGGCAGUGUGGGGUCUCUCCUAUUAGACCGAUAUGGCUGGCAAAUGCCGUUCUAUUUUAUUGGUUUGUGUGGUCUGGGCUGGAUGUUGCUGAUGAGAUACUGUCUUGUAAACCGUCAUAGGAAGAAGUAUAUCAACUUACAUUCACAUGAUGGGUCCGGGUACCCAGACAAAACAAGAGAAGCACAUGGGGUUCCAUGGAUCACUUUAUUUACAAAAGCUGCCUUCUGGUCAUUAAUUGUAGGCCACUUUUGUGAAAACAAUGCAUUUUACAUCCUCUUGUCGUGGCUGCCCACAUAUUUUCAUGAAAAUUUCCCCACAGCCAAGGGUUGGGUGUUCAAUGUUGUGCCCUGGGUAGUGACAAUUCCAAGCUCUAUAUUCAGUGGCUACCUGGCAGACAAGAUGAUUUCCUCAGGGUACUCCGUGACGUUUGUGAGGAAACUGAUGCAGUUCAUCGCCCUGGGCGGCACAGCACUGUUCCUCGUCAUCAUCACCUACACCACUUCAUAUGAGGCGGCACUCACCUGCAUGGCCCUCUCUGUCUGCUGCUGCGGCUUCCACAACAGCGGCAUCCUCGUCAAUCCACAGGACAUCGCUCCAAAACAUGCAGGAUCAGUUUUUGGUAUAAUGAACAUGGCGGGAGCCAUUCCAGGUUUCAUAGGAGUAUAUAUGGCGGGUCAUAUUCUAGAAGUGACAAAGAGCUGGAGUGCUGUGUUCAAUCAAACUGCUUUGGUCUGUAUAUUCGGACUGAUAGUCUACACCCUCUUUGGUACAGGAAAGAAAAUCAUAUAGACAUGCCCAGCUCAUGGAGACCGCAACCAACAUUGAACAAGGGGAGAUAACUGUUCUGAAUAGGUUCUUCUAUACAAGGGAGAUAACUGUUCUCACAUAAACACAGUCCUUGCUGGUCAAGUUUGACCAGAUUACUAGCCACUGGAGACCAUGCCCCAUGCCAAGGGAGGGAACUCUGCGCAAAACUCAUGGCUUUGAUGUCCUCUAGCCCAUAAUCUGUAUUUGGAACAAACAACAGACAGGCUCCUUCCCAGGGCAUGAUGCAUUCGUUACACUCUCCGUAACAUCACUGCCACCAGUGUGGGCUCAGCCAUUACAAGAAUCUGGAAAUUUACCCUCUAACCCCAAAUGUAGUAACGUUUAUACUUUUUUGUCUUUGGGAAUGCCAUCAUAGUGAAUUUUGAAAAGGUUAACAACUGACCAUAUUUACCAGAUGAAUUUACCUUUUUGUUUGUUUGAUCAGAUUUGUUUGAGAUUGCCAAAGAAUUGAAAAUCAACCAACUUCCCCCUUACAUUCUUACAGUAUCAAUUACAUGCUUGUUGAAAUGAAACAGAAAUUCAAAUUGACAAAGAAAAUAAUUUAGCAGGGGUAAUAAUAUAAGGCGUAACGGCAGUCAUCACUUGUUUGUUAACAUAACGGUCGGACGGGUGAGAGUUCAACUCCAAGCAUGGUUGUAGCCACCUAUCACAGUGGGGAGCUUUCACUGGUGGCAGCGAUAGUACAGAGAGCUCCGCGAAUGGGCCAUUGCUGUGGGGAGCUUGAGACAGUCUUGUGAGGAGGGAGGCAACUCUUGUUACAUGCUACUGUAAGUGAUGAUAGUUGUGUGUGAAUGGUAGUUAUGUAAUGGAGUGUGUGUAACAGCUAUGUAUGACUGGUAAUACGAGAGGCCAUAAUUCUGUAUGUGUACAUUUUGCAAAGUGAGAAUGAAAGUCAAACUCAAUAUUAUAUAUUUGAUUUGUACAUUAUUGAUAAGUGUGUAUAACUGAUGAACGCAACCGCAUAUACCAUGAAGCCAUGUACAUAUUAAACCAGAGACCAUAUAAUAAACCAUCUAUUAUAUGGUCUCUGCUUAAACUGAGAGCCUCAGUUCAUGAGUAGAACUUGGACUACCAAGAUCCAAGUCAUUCCUGUCUGCAUCAGAUCUAACAAAAGUUUUAACUUUGAAGAGGUGUAUUAGGAAAAUACAGUCAUUGAUGAUCUUUGUGUAUGAAAUAUGUAUAUAAAUGUGUUAUAAAUGUGAUAUGAUGGAUACAUUUGAAAGCUUUCAUGAAUUCGAACAUUGUCAGUAUGCUAUCAUGGUGUAAUGAUGCAACUCAUUUUUCAAGUAUUUUUAAUAAUAAGGGUGUAAGACUGAUUGUUGAAUCUGAGUUAAUUUUGAGUUUUGUUGUAUCAUGACAAGGGAGUAUUUGGGAGUGUUAUGAACAUUUCCAUUUCUUACAUGCCAUUCUACGAAACAAUGUUUUCCCGAUUUAAGCAAUAUCUGUAAAUUGCAUUUGACAAUAUCCACAUCAACAUCACGACAGCUAAAUCAUAGGAAUCUCAUACACCUGGAAUGGUCGUAUAUGCCAUGAAAAUUCAUUUGUCUUUUUCUAGUGAGAUAAUCUUGAUGCUAUUUAAAUGAGUAGACGUGACCCUUUAAAUUGUAUAAGUUGUUUGGUAGGUAUUACUUAGAAGUUGACGGGUGACAAGGUAGACACAAUUUUAUGGAUAACAACUUCUUUAUUACUGUAAAAGGCGACGUUUUGGCAUAGAUCCUUAUACCGUUAUCAAGCAAGACUGAAUGAGGGACAUAGUACAGAAUAUAUAUAGUAGGUGGAGGAAUAACAGUAGCAACAAUUGCAUAUAUGAGUGGGAUAACAUAGGUAACGUGUUGACAACAAAGGGAUAAUACUGUCACAACACGAUGGACAGAGAACAGAUUGGGGGAAGCCAAUGGGACAUGAAGCCAAUUAAACAGGAUAAGUGAUUAU